AUGUCCGUGGCUCAAAGAAGAAUUUCCAGAGCAGAGUGCUCCAACUGCACUUGCUCUCCAGGCUUAUUAUCACGAAACAGGAGAUCGUCGACUUUUGCUAAAAGAAUUUCCAUCAAAAGAUUCAACUCCCAGCUGGGCUCACCAAAGGGCUCCAGAAAGGGUUCCGUCUACACUAUCGACGCUGCUUCCUUGUGUGUGCCAGAAAUCAAGGAGGUCAACACAUCGGCGAGAUUGGAGAAACUCAGAAAGUUGAUGAAGGAAAAUGACUUGGGCGUUUACGUGAUUCCCUCGGAAGACCAACACCAGUCGGAGUACGUGGCUCCGGUGGAUCAGAGACGUGCGUUUAUUUCGGGCUUCUCUGGAAGCGCUGGCGUCGCUGUUGUCACCAGAGACGUAAACAGCUUCGGUGAAGUGCCAGAAGGUUCUGCUGCAUUGGCCACCGAUGGCAGAUACUUUACUCAGGCAACAAACGAGUUAGAUUUCAACUGGACGUUGUUGAAGCAAGGCCAGAAGGAUGUGCUUUCUUGGGAGAAAUGGGCUGUUCAGCAGGCCAUCCAGUUGUCUGUAGACUCCGGAAAGCUUGUCAAAAUCGGCGUUGACCCUAAAUUGAUCAGUUUUCUGUCCUUUGACAAGAUAACAAAAGCCAUUGAGGAAGAGACCAAGAAGAAGACCGAAGCCCAAGUUGAACUUGUACCGGUCAAAAAGAAUCUCGUGGACGCUAUCUGGCCUGAGUUUGAGGAAGUUCCUCCUGUUCCCGAGAAUAUCAUCAAGGUACUUGAUGAAAAGUUCGCUGGAGAAGGUGUGAAUGCCAAAAUUACAAAAGUUAUUGACGCUGUUAAAGAAAACAAUUGCGACGGUAUUAUUAUCAGCGCUUUAGACGAGGUUGCCUGGCUUUUAAACUUAAGAGGCAGCGACAUACAAUACAAUCCCGUAUUCUACAGUUAUGUGAUCAUUGACGCCGACAAGGAAAGUGUUACUUUAUAUGCAAACAAUAAGAAGUUUGAUUCCCCCGUUAGUCUGCAUUUGGAAAAGAACAAUGUGAAAGUUAAACCUUACGAAUCCUUUUGGGAGGAGCUAAGCAAGGUUUCCAAGAGUUUCAAAGAAUCAAAGAAAUCAUUUUUGUUAGAUGAGGGUAGUGCGUCCUGGGAUAUCGUUCGUACUCUAAAUUGUGAGCAUGUGCAUGUUUCCCCGACACCUGUGGAAAAUUUGAAAGCAAUUAAGAAUCUGACAGAGUUAGAAGGUGCUAAAUUAGCUCAUUUAAAGGACGGUAGAGCGUUGUGCAAGUUUUUCGCUUGGCUUGAGGAAGAGGUAGCUAAUAAAGUGGAGUUGAUUAACGAAGUCGAAGCUGAUCAAAAGCUAUUUGAACUUAGAUCUGAGGAAGCAAAUUUCGUUGGUUUGUCUUUUGACACCAUCAGUGCAUCGGGUGCCAACGGUGCCAUUAUCCACUACAAGCCUACCAAGGAAGCUUGCGCUACCAUAGACCCUUCCAAGAUCUACCUUAAUGAUUCCGGUGCUCAGUAUUUGGAGGGUACCACGGACACCACCAGAUGUGUGCACUUCGGAACGCCAACGCAAGAGGAGAUCGACAAUUAUACAUUAGUGUUGAAGGGCAACAUCGCGUUAGGUAGUUUGAAGUUUCCCGAGAAGACUCCGUUGACUGAUACUGUCGCCAGACAGUAUUUGUGGAAGCAAGGUAAAGAUUUUGGCCAUGGUACAUCUCAUGGAAUCGGUGCUUUCUUGAAUGUGCAUGAGGGACCCAUUGGUCUCGGACCAAGAGCUAACUCCAAGAAUCUUUUGAAGCCAGGUCACUUGCUAUCUAACGAGCCAGGCUACUACGAGGAAGGUGAAUAUGGAAUUCGUAUUGAGAACGUCAUGUUCGUGAAGCCUAGCGGAUACGAAUAUAAUGGUAAAAAGUUCAAUGAGUUUGAGACCGUUACCAGAGUACCAUUCUGCCGUCGUUUGAUUAACCAGAAUAUGCUCACAAAGGAAGAGAAAGAAUGGAUCGAUGAUUACCAUAAAACCAUUUGGAAGGAAUUGAGCGGCAGUUUCAUCAAGAAUACUAUCGAAUGGGCGUGGUUGAAGAGAGAGACUGCCUCGUUAAAGUAA